UUCUAUCAGUACCCUAUACCAUUUCUAUUUCGUAACCUUUGUCGUUUGCCAGUGUAUCUCGUACUGCUUCGACAUAUCCGCUUUAUUGAUUUGUAAUUUGAGUGUUUACACGUAUUUUCCACCUAUCAUUUCGUAAACAACGAUGGAAUUGGUAAACCCAAGGGCAGGUAAGAAAGGUGUACCCAAAGUUCAAGGGCGUCGAUAACUUUUUAGAUUAUAAGUAUUGAAAAAAAUCAUGUUAUGUAUCGUAACGUAAUGAAUAAUAAUGAUAUCGUAUUCACGUAUUCUAACGAUAAGUUACUGAAUAGACCCCUUAGAGGAUUGGACUGUGCCUGUGACAUAUAAACAAUGGAAAACAGAAGGACCGAAUAAAUGUCAAUGAAUUCAGUGCAUUGUUUUUUGAUGGUGCUGCACUGCAUUGAUUGCGGCUUGCCAGCCAAUAUUGCUGCCAAUGCAAAUCUAUCAUUGACACAGUUCAAUCCACCGACUAGGCUCAAUCCUCGAUUCGUCGGGUAUGCGGCUACUGACAGUAAAGACAAUGACAUUUGUCCCAACAAUGUCCGAUUUUGGAAUACGCCGAAUGCGGAUUGGGAACGAUUAGCCGUUUUUAGGCUGUUUUGAUGUUGAAAUAAUUUUGAAUUUUUGUUAUUUUUACUUUAGGAAAGAAAAGUGAAUAGUAGUGAAUAUAGGUGAACAAUGGCUCUGAAUUUGCAAUACGAAGCCAUAGGAAAAAGUUUUGUACAACAAUAUUAUGCGCUAUUCGAUGAUCCAACCCAAAGGUCUAAUUUGGUAAAUAUGUAUAAUGUUGAAUUAUCUUUCAUGACAUUCGAAGGAGUCCAGCUACAAGGUUCAGUAAAGAUUAUGGAGAAGUUGAAUCUAGAGCUAGGUCUCAUUCAAAUCAAUGGUAAGAAGAUGAUCAGAACAUCUAGGAGAACUGUUGUCAGACCUGCCACUGAUAGAUAG